AUGGGUCUCAAUCCGCUGGCAGGCAUCGGUCGUGGAAAUGGCCAAAAGGAGUCCGGGCUCAAUCUCAAGAGCACGCUAGUCCAGGCCAUCAUCCUGCUCGUCGCCUGUGUCCUCUUUGGAGCCAAUCUGAACUAUGCCUCCUUUCCUCCCAGCACCGUGAUCGACAUCAAGCUGGGCGAUGUCACCCUGGAGCAGUUCAGCUAUGUGCCAACACCCGAUGGAUACGAGUUCAACUACACUCUUCCCGAUGGCACUUUCCGCGAUGAGAUUGGCAAGGUACUGACCGGGUCCUCGGCUGCCCAGGAUCUGGAGAAUGCCAACAACUUGGCCAGGAACCAUCGGCCGUCGCGUGAACAGGGCCUGAAGGUGCGCAAGCUCUCGGGAAAAUCGCUUUCCUCUCUGGCUGGUUAA